UGAGGAGAGUCCUGUCAGAUAUUUACCAACAGUCACUCGGGAAGGGUGUCAUUCAAGAGCGCUCAAGGAAGACGUCGACUAUCCGAAAGCACAUCUUCCGACGAGUGGGAAAUAAAUCUAAGUUCAGCGGAGCCACCGCCUGGUGGUGUCAUUGGCCUUAGCUCGUCUACUAGGAUGCUCAAAUGCAAUCUGUGCCGCUGACCUUAACGCUUCUGCCCUAUGGGGAGUUUUUUGUUUGUUCCUGUGAGGUGCCCUUAUGGUGAUAGGUGGAAAUCUAGAAAACAAUUCCUGGAAAAAUUGGAAAAUACUCAACUAAAUUAUCUGGCAUGGUAUCAGGGGCGUGUAAGCAUCUUUUCGGUGAGGCGAGGGCCCCCGCAGCCCCCUCAGUCGUCUUGCAAAUACCACGUAACACGGGCAGAGACCAGUUGAGCCAUGACGGUUGUUACCAUCCUGAUAAGUUCUGUUUCUGAAGAUCUUCUCAGAAAUCUGUCACAGAAAGUAGCUGCGGGAUAAACUGCAUUCCCGUUUGUGAUGGAGCCUAAAAUGCUGGAACAUGUGUGAAUGAUCUGGAAGAUUGAGUCUCAACAUGCAAGGACUCUUGGACAUGAUCACCAGGCUUGAAGAUUGACCCCACCAUUUUUUUUUUUUUGGCUACUGCUUAGAAGAAACAUCACAAACAUGGGUGCUAUUGCCUUAUCCUAUUUCUCUUUGCAGUGUUUCACAGCCAGUGAGCCUUUUUUUUUUUUUUUUUUCUCAACAAAAAUGCCAUGGUUUGCUUUUUCAGAACAAUGUUUCCAUUCCACAUGUCUUAUUGGGGAUGCUUUGUAACGAUGAGUUGAAGAAGAAAGGUCAGGUCUAUCCUAAAUAUUUGCUUACUAAUAACGUGAAGGUGAAUUUUAAAAUAUUACAUGAACACUAUCCAGCCAACUAUUACAUGUCUAAAUAGAUCUGCUCACAUGCUGACAUUUUGGAGAGUUCUAUAAAUUUGUCAGUAACAUUGAGUUUCUUACCAAAGGUAAAUAUGACAAUUUAAUACUUAUAAUUAUAUUAUUAAGUGCGGCAAUCAGAAAGCUACCUUGACACACUUUAUAAGGUUAAUACAAAUACCUAUUAGACUUAUAAAAGGACUGAUUAACAAAAGGCUCUGAAAACUAUAUUCAUAAAACUGAAUGUAUUCGAAUGUUUUUGAAAUACCUGAACAUUGUUUUUGAAGUAUAUAUGUUGCACACGAGUCGAGAUAUGGUCUGAGGAACUUCAGACGGAUGCUGACGGUCUGGAGCGGCCGCACGCAUCACGCGUGCGCAGAAGGUACGUAAGUGUAACGCUCAAGCCUGUAUGCUGUCACUUUCGGACGUGCGUGCGUUUUUAAAGCCAACGCGUCAACGGGUGAACGUAAAAAGACGACCGGCCGCUGCCUGUCAUACGUUGCGGACGACAACUUGCACCAUAAACAAGUUGACGGCUUGCUUGCGUCUAAACACGGUAGCUACGUAAUGUACUACUUGCUGCGCGACAGUGACGUAACAACAUAGUCCGCUUCGUCAACUGACGGGCGCAUUCUUUAUCCGCUGCGAAAAACGAUUAAAUAAAAGUCGAAAACUUAUGCAAUCACUGUUAUAAGUCAUAAUGUACACAUGUACAUGAUAAAAUGAAGUUUAUUGCACGUUUUUCUUCUGAGGUUGUUCUUGCCUGGAUAGGAUAGUUAAUUAAAUAUGAAUGUCUAUCAUAUAUUUGCGUUGCUUUUCAUUUUACAGUACAUGUUAAUUAGGCAAUGAGUUCACAUUUACACUCCAAUUAGGCUAUAUGUGGCCCCUGAAGUGCUAUGAGUUUGACACCCAAUGCUCUGAAUUGACCCUACUGUGGGUGUGAAUGUAAGUGUGAAUGGUUAGCUGGUAAAGGCUCCAGCUCACCCGUGUACCUCAGUUGAGGACAAACUGGGCAGAAAAUCGAUGGGUAGGCAAUAAAUAGAUUUUUAGAUUAAUGAGUGAUCAGGUGGGCAAUGCAGUUUUGAAGAGGUGAGUUUUAAAAUUCCCAUUGAAAUGUGUAAGGAGUGUUUCUUUUGAUGCACUGUGGGUUUCAGUGGGUUGGUGCAGCGCAUGGUUCGGAGAGUUUAUUUGGAGUGACGGUGAAACGGGUCAGUGAGGUAGGGACAGGUGAGGUUCUUGGAAUGAUUUUGAGCUGAUGAACAGCGAGUUAGUGCCAUUUUGAGGAUGGGGUCAAUGAAGGUGAGUUGGUAGAUGCAAUGUUGCAGUAGAGGAGUCCAAAGAGAAGAUCUUGCAGAAAUGUAUGCAAUUGUUUUGGUUAAGGCUUCGAAAGGGAUGGAUGGCCGCACAACGAUGGAGAGUCAUCUUUAUUGCAAUUUACUUUGUGGAAGUUGUGAUCAUCUUGGUUUUCGUGUGGAAAGGCAGGAGAAAUAAGUGUUUUGUGUGGUUUCAAAUGGAUAAAAGUUCACUGGCAUGGCACUUGGAACAGUCUUUGGAGGCUUUGACAUGUGUAAUCGCUCUACGUUGUGUGCGUUGCCCUUGAAAUGUCACUCAUACAUCAUGUUGACAAGGAUUCAUCACUGCUGUCAGAAAUGAUGUUACAUAAUCAAUGCAUCCAUCUUCGACGCAAGAUGUGAAACUAAUGGCUAAUGUCUCCCUAAAAUGUUACAAAAUAUAGACGUACAAAAAAUGAUAAUUAUUUGCAGAGGUACCUCUUGCAUCACCCCAAAAGUAUUUUUUCUAAUGACAAGCGCCUCGGAUCAAGAUCGAUUAUUUGUUACUGAAAUUGGAUCGAAAUGCACCCGAUCAGGCCGGAGUGCCAUCCUAGGCCUAUGCUCCCCACUUUCCCAGUGGGGCCUCGUUUUUCACAGCCGGCUACAAUGAUGACGGGCCCUAAUAUGUACAAUGUACCGCAGCAGAUCAGACCACCGGUACAUCUCAAUAGUCAUGCCGGGUUCCAUAAUAGUCAGGUAAGUGAUACCUACACAGAUUUCUCUCGCAAGAAAAAAAAACCCCUCAAUCUCCUUUUCUUACCUAUUAUUGCAAAGGCAUGUAUGCCCAAAUAAAACCAAACAGUUUUGCACUGUUAAUUGUUCUUUACUUUUGAACUGCAGCAACUACCACAUCAAUGGCCUGUUCAAAACGUCCUCGGCCCACAUCCUCAACAAAUGAUGACGGCUCCAUCAGGCAUGAUGAUGACGCCCGGGGCCCCUCAGAUGGUACCUGUUGGUUUUAUGAAUGGAGAAAUUUUGUUUGAGCAGGUGCAUCCUUUAAUGUCUACAGCUCCUCCCCAAAACCUCUUCACAACAAUUAACACAAGGAAGACUGAACAUGUGCGGGAGCGACCCUACAUAAAGAAGCCACCAAAUGCCUUUAUGUUGUUUGCAAAUAAGUACAGAGAAGUAAUCACCACUCAGUUGGAAAAGAGAGACAGUGCAUCUGUUCACGUGGCCCUCGGAAAAAUGUGGAAGUUGCUACCACAGGCCGACAGGGAUAAAUAUUACGAAGAAGCCGAUGCUCAGAAAAGACGUCACGCUCAACUUUAUCCUCGCUGGUCCACCUGUGAAAACUAUGGGAAACGCAGGAAGCGGCGGAAGAGCAAAGUUCACACCCGUGUUUCAAAGGAUACACCCGAUACCGACGUUCCCCACGCCAACAGUAUGUGCCUUUCCACAGUCCAGAAAGAAAUCAUGGUAUCUGAAGAAUUGGACUCGUCUUCAGAAACCAUGCAUUACAACUCCCAGCCUCCUUCCGCACUCGAUUCAGAGGAGUCCGUCGAAGCACUGAUUGAGGAAAAGAAAUUCGUGCAGAUGCCGUGCGGCAAAAAUGAACUUUCCAUUGCUCCCGAUGUACAGACUCAGGGAGAGACUCUUGAGAACGACCAUGCGCUGAAUCUCCUCGAUUGCAUGCUUCUUUCCCCUGCUUCCCAGAUUGAGCUUCAGAGCGUCGAAGAUGGCUUCCAACUCUUACUGGAGCAUUUUGAGCCUCAGGGGCUCCCGUUACUCACAGAAGCUGAGGGGUAUACCAAGCCCCUGAGUUUAGGAGAAUCGCAGCAGCUUAUCAUCAAGUUGUUAGAAGGUCCCGCGCUGACAGGGAAUUUAAAAGUGGAGACUCAGCUGGACCUGGCUGUGCAGGGACACACAGUUGCAGUCGGCCCCACCCAGCCUCUGAACAAACCCAUCCAAUUAGCACUGGAGCAUCUAGACACAAAAGAAGACAUACAACCACGCCUCAUCGCACACUGCCAGACACUAGUGGCCGAGAGCCUAAAGCAAGACGUGCUGAAUCAAGUACCGCUUCGACUUCUUGACACGUCCUCAUCCACUUCAGUCAGUUCCAAGGAAAAGACCCAAAGCACGCCUAGCGAAUCGAAAACAACACCGGUAUUAAAUCCCGUCUCCAAGCAUCAUCACAAAUCGGAAUCCUCCGGACUGCUGAGUCAAGACACCGAGAUCCAAGCGACGUCAGCAGACUUUGAGACGUCUGCUCAAAGUCCGAAGUUAGCGUCCAUUCAGUCUCUGAGCGAGGACAAGCUCUCGAUGACGCUGCCUCAUGUCGAGACCUUGUCCGCCGUGUCACAAUCAAGAGAUGGCGAUCUGCUUCAGUGUCUCAGUUUUGGCGAUGAGCUACAAUUCUAGUUCAUUGAAGGAGGACCCUCAGUCUGAAAAUCUCUGGUAAUUUUUUGGGUGGUUUUCUCGUGAGACCUCUUCCAGUAGCUAUGCGUAUCAACACAUUCCACAAGCUAAGCACAAGUCUGCAUAAUUUUAUGCAGCCUGUUGCUUACCCCAAAUUGGGAUGUACUUUACAGUAAGGUCAGGUUUAGAAGCUAGAAAAAAAAUUAACAGUAUUGCGAUGUAUCAUAUGAAUAUCUCUUCCGGUACGGUAUCAAUUCUAAAUUGAUGCCUUCACUGUCCAGUAUAAACCAUUUUUAAUAAUAUGUGACUCUACACGUUUUUAACAAUCUGCAUUUUGCAAUAUUUCGUAGGAGUGCCGAGCAGCACAGCAAUGCGGUUCAGAUAUAACACGACACAUUUUGCUAACAAAAGGCUUUUUUUUGUUUGUUAAGAAAUCGAUUUACAUGUCAGAAUCGAUUACUAUCUAGGAAUUAUUUUACUAGCUAUGUAAAUUGCUACAUGUUGCUCAUAUAUACACGUUCUUGAAAUCCGUGUCACCAUUUUAAAGCACAUAUAUAGAGAUGCAAUAUUACGCUAUGAAUAAAUUACAAUAGAAAUAACAUGUAUUUUUGUAUCAAAUUAUCUCACGUGGGCUUUUUGUGCAAACUGAUGACAAAAGCUAUCCCACUCCUUUAAUGUCCCAGCUGCAAUGACCAGCACAACCAAAACACAGGUUAUUUCAUCAAUUUUCGAAAUAGUUUGUCUUGCUGCAAUGUAACACGGAAGAUGGAUGAACAGGGAGAAUCAAGUUGUGUUUUGCCAUAUGGGAAUAUUUUAUCCAUUUUCUAUAUAUAUUGGUCUUGGUAUACUAUGUAUAUACUGUACACUCAUUUAUGCAGAUA